AUGGAUGCUGCCGAGCCUCCUCUUGUGGCGGCGCGGCCAUCCCACGCAUUGAGAUCGAAGCCUUCGAUGAAACGGCGAAAAGCACCAUCACUUAAAACCAUACAAACCGCAGCUCAAGGCGCUGGAGCAGCAAAAGAUGACGCCAUUGGGCGGAUACAACCCUCCGGGGACCUUGUGGAUGUAAAGGAAAGAUCACCACCAAAGACGCUGGGCAAGGUGACCCGCAAAGUGUCGGCUACUGGCCGGCCAAUUGUGCCCUUGACUGGGCAGAAAUCUAUCAGCAGAAGCAGAACACUCUCGAUAGGGAAGCGAGAUGAAGAACGUGACCGGUGGGAUGUAGCGCCAGAUGGCGCCUCGGCUGGCCGCGAAGGGCGUCAGUUUACCGUUGCCAAUGUUGGGAAUAAUGGCAAACUAUUUCUGAGACCCUCUGUCCGCCGUGGAAACAAGAGAUAUCCCCAACCCAAUUUCACGUUCCCCAUAACGCCGCCUGGGACUGCCGGCUUGGAGGGUGCAUAUCCAGAGAAUAGUGACGAACCCCCCAGCUUAACAGCGGACCAUCAUGAGAAUCAAUUUACGCCUACACCGAGAACAUCCAUCAUCUCUCCCGCCUACGCUCCAGAUCUCAGCAAUCUUACGUCGCAGCACCGCAGGGCUGUGUCGGACGGUACGAUUCGUGACUUCAAUUCGCCUACUGGUACGGAUACGGAUGGAUAUAGGAUUGUCAUCACAAAGCCAACCCACGGAGAUGAUCAUCGACCCAAGACGACCGAACAUCUGGAAGACUUGGAUGUUGACGGUGUACCGAUGCUCAACAUCAACAUUCCAUCCUGGAAGUUAGGGACACCACGGUUCUCUACCAGAGGCACUCCGAUGCUGAGAGGCUCUUCCUACGCUCCCACCGACGAUUUCCGUUCCAACAGCCGCGCAUCCAUGUAUCAUUCUUCAGAGAGAAGUCUCGGUGCCCCGCUGAGUGGCUUGAGAUCCAGACGUCCUAGUCAUCUUGUCCCUCCAAAACUCCGCUUCCCUCGAACCUCUCAUGCAUCCUCGCAAGCAUCAACCCGACCGCCGCGCGUCGUGCCCUCUACAUAUGCGUCUACACACCUCAUUAUUGAGCCCGACAUGUUUGACGAACUCACCUUCAAGCCCACUUGCGACGAUAAAUUGAUAGUACGCUACUCGCCCAGUGGAUCCGUAACUGCGGCGACCCCUUCCCGACUGGUUGCUGAGAUUACCUCUCCAAGCUUCUUAGACUACGAGCUGAUCUCGGAUUUCUUCUUGACUUUCAGAGCUUUUCUCGAGCCGGACAUCCUGCUGCGAAUGCUCAUGGCGAGGCUUCGGUGGGCUCUGGAACGAACCGACGAGAUUGGUAUGAUUGUCCGCGUUCGAACUUUUGUCGCUAUGCGACACUGGAUCCUCAACUACUUUGUCGAUGACUUUGUCCUGGACUACGAUCUUCGUGUCAUCUUCUGCAUUCUGCUCAACGAUCUUUUCGACGAACUGUCUCAGGAUGCGAGGGAGCGUAGAGUUCAACUCAAGAUAUUGACAGAACUCAAAAAAUGUUGGCGGCGGAUCUGUGCCCACUACUGGGAUGGCCCUGAUUUCGACGAUUCUCUGGGGCCUGGAGCCCCGGUUGCACCAGGGGGCAUUGCUGGAUAUCGGGAUCCCAACCUGGACCCUACCUUUUGGGAAAGGGAGGGAGUAGAUCCCCCCCAGUGGCAUGCCGUGUCUGGCAUACCCGACGGUUUAAGUGACGCUCCCAACUCGAGCGCUGAAGACAUCCCCACGACGGCCCGUUUCGGAGACUUCACUGUAUCGGAUCAUCGCCCAGGAACCCCCGAACAUCAGAUCAUCACCACUACUAUGGUGAGCAACGGACCCGCUUCGCCGCUCAGCAUCGCUAGCAUGGACAUUGUGUCUUGUUCAUUUCCCACCAAGAACGUGAGAUCACUGAAUCCCAACUCCAGCCAGCCGCUGGCAGCUCACCCUGUUUACUCGACGUCUCCCAUCUUGCCGCCGGGAGCUAUAGCAACAACUCCCAAGGCGCUUUCUGGCAAACGUGUUCGACCGGCUCAAAGCCAUGGACGUAACAACAGUGCCACCGACUCCAUAAGGGCCCCUGGCUCGGAUCGUUCCUCGUCGCAAGACGUUGAUUUACAUAUGAUAUUGCAGUCCGCAGGAAAUCUCGUUCGAGGCAACAUUCUCCCACCAGGUCAGCCGUUUGUCGACAUUGAGACUGGUACCCCCACUGGCGACAAUAGGCAGACUACUAUCUUUCAGCCCGUAUCUCGCAAUGCUCCCAAAGACCGGAUCUUUGGUGUCGCCAUGUCUGGUUCUGGAAUGAAGAAGUUCUUGGGCGGUGUUCGACGCGCCUUGAACAACCGAGGGCAGUGGUCGUCUGGAUCACACACAAGUUUGCCUGCCGUCGCCUCCUUGAGUGCUCACACCAUCAGUAUCGACCAGCUACCUGGGACAGCCAUCAUCACGCAAGGCGGCUAUGCCCAGACAACCAGUCGUCCCCAGGUGAGGAUUGACGUGCUUGGGGCCGAAGUGGCUGAAGACUUCAAGAGGGCCAUCCGGGAAGAAGAGGAGGCCGCCGAAGCAGAACGCUUGGGUAUCCCGAGACCUGCUCCAACCCCUGCUUCAACUAGGCGCCGACGGCACAUGGAGUAUUCAGUUGCGCAUAUGGAGUCAAGCACCGGCGAUUAUUUGCCUCAGGACCGGAGGUCACGACCUAUGAGUGACAUGGGCCUCACUACCGGAAGCCAAUCCAUCGUCAUUGUUGAUGAUACUGUCCCUUUCGAUAUACCAGGCAUACGUGACAGACUUCCUGCUGCCACUUUCAACCCCUCCGCUGGUGGAUUAUCGGUGGGCUCCUUUUUAACAGCUGGCGGCGAUCCGACGCCCCCUACAACGCCCCCCGCGCAGCUCAUGGCAGGGACACCACGGAGAUCGUCGUAUCUUCUCGACCAACUCGUCUCUCUGCCCUCCGCCUCCCAGGGGGAGUCCUUGCCCCCGUUCGUCCCAGAUAUGGCAACAUUGGGUCAUACCUAUAGCCAAGGGCAGUCAGAUGAUGCGAGCCGAGUCUCCUUUUCGACAAUGCGUCGCAGCAUUCAGCGCCGGCCCCCCCUCAGCCGGGGAACGCUGCGGGUACAUAGGAGAAACCAGUCUACGAAUACUCAGCAAUCAAGCUACUCCUUUCGGCGCCAUGCUUCGUUUGGCAGCCACCUCGAGCGACAUUCUACAGCUCGGAGCUUUGAUGCUACGACAGAUUCUUCCCUGUUGGACAGAGAAUACGAAGUUCCCGCCGUUGAGCCGCCUCGCAUGCUUCGACGGCGUCCUGGUGGCUAUUUGAGAGCUGCAGUCAACAACGCGGGCGGCUUGAAUAAUCAGCCCACAGUUCGGAAAUCACAUUCCGUUGGCUCCUUGACAAAUUACACUGAUUCUGUCCGGAGCUCCUAUCUCCUUGGUACUCAUGCCGAGCAGGACGAUGACGAUCGCAGCUUCUCUGGUGCGGGAGACCACCCUCGUGAGAGACAAGAGAUAUUUUCCGUUGGUCAGUUGACCGAGAAGCCUGCCAAGCGACACUUGUCUUUGUUUAGUACACAUUCAUCCAAGCCCAUUAUGCGUCCAUCAUUUGAAAUAGAGGCCCGGAAACUGGCACAGAUACCCGAUGAGGACGACGGCGGAAUUGAGUCUGCCUUGCUGAAGCUAGAGGGCAGAUAUCAGCCAAAACCAAAAUCCUUUGAGCAGCUCAGACAAACAGCCAUGAUAGACGCAAAUGAAUUUGGCGGACAAGCAGCCACAGCUAAUUCUUAUACCAGCGAGACCCAAAGCCAGGAGAGUGAAGCGGGUGAAAUGGAUGACGAAUACCAUUCUUGGGAUAAAGGAAAGCAGCCACUGGAUACUGCGCAUAACCGGGAUACCUUGAUUGCCCCUAGCAGGAUAGCCACGCUUGAAACGCGCUCGUUCUUGACCGCUGAUUCUGACGAGUCAUACUGUUCUAUACCUUUGCUUGAAAGGGGUCUGACUGAUGAUGGUCAAAGCAACAGAGGGACAUCCCAGUGGACCAAUCGAUCAGUUCUUCGUGGUUCAUCUGAUGAGGAUGAUGCUACAACCUCUCAUCUCUCCUAUGAUUUUGUCCAAAAGACGGAGAGUAUUGAGAGGGUCAAGACCCGGAAGACGGCUUCUCUUCCAGUGGCAGAAGAUCAGACGUUCUUGGAAGAUGCUAGUGUCGGCGGUUCAGAUCUCUCUUCUGAGCUCUCCCCCUCUGAGGAUGAGGGCUCGAACAAUUCCCGCGAGAGAGCAGGCGUAUUUUCUAUAUCAUCACAACCGCAUCCAUUCGGAGAUCCUAUUGCGACGCCUCGGUCAAAUUCUUCCUCUGCUCCUAUGACACUUGCCCAAGCAUUGGCGAUGAGUCCGGUGAUGAUGAGCCCGGUGCUGACGAACACGGAGAGAACCCUGGAUCUAGAUCAAAUAUGGACCCGCACACCUCUCCCCCUCUCGCCAGAAAUAUUUCAAGAUGGUCCCAACACAGCUGAGCAUGUGCCUCCUCGCACUUCUGAAGCUCUUCCCCCACUGCCUCAACCGGAGACUCCGAAUACGCUCAAGUAUUCAAUCCACCUGCCAUUUAUCCUGGCAUUUGAAUCUGAUAUCUUGGCUCAGCAGUUCACCCUCAUAGAGAAGGAUGCUCUCAACGACAUAGACUGGAGAGAGCUAAUUGAGAUGAACUGGAGAAAUGCCACCAGCAACGAUUCCCGCUCAUGGGUUGACUUUUUGAGAAACACCAAUGCCCACGGAGUCGAAGUUGUUGUUGCACGAUUCAAUAUCAUGGUCAAGUGGGCCAUUUCCGAGAUUGUGCUAACCCAGCACAUUGAAGAGCGGGCUCGAUGCAUCAUUAAGCUCAUUCACAUUGCGGCGCAUUGCCGGCGGUAUCGCAAUUUCGCCACCUUGGCGCAGCUUACCAUCGCAUUAUCCAGUGCUGAAGUCGCCCGUCUGUCAAAGACGUGGGAUUUGGUUCCAGCUCGUGACCUGAAUACCCUCGGCGAACUCGAGGCCCUCGUUACCCCCUCGCGCAACUUUUACAGCCUUCGAGCUGAAAUGGAGGUCGGUUCAGACGGGGGCUGCAUUCCAUUCGUCGGCAUUUACACGCAUGAUCUUCUCUUCAACGCGCAACGUCCCUCAGAGAUUGCCAGCUCGCCAACUACUCCGCCGCUCAUCAAUUUUGAACGGUGCCGUAUUGGCGCGGCCGUAGUCAAGACGCUGUUGAGGCUGCUGGAAGCUAGCACGCGGUACACUUUCCAACCAAUCGAAGGUAUCACGGAACGAUGUCUCUGGAUGGGUGCACUAAACGACGAUGAGAUUCGACGACAUUCUGAGGCUCUGGAGUAG